GGAGGAGGGGGGGGGAUGUGGGGGAGAGCUGGCAGCCAGCCAGCUGCCAUCAGAAUUAGCUCAUUGUUCAAUAUAACCAGCGCUGGCAACCAAAAUCCAGCCUGAGAGAGAGGGAGCGAGAGAGAGACUUUCCCCCAGCCACCCCCACCCCUUUUUCUUUUUUCUCCAAGGCUGCACUUUGGAAGAGAUCAUGUAGAAAGGACAGAAAGUGAGCAGGGAGCGGGGGCUUUUGUCUAUUGUUCUCCCUGUGCUACUUGAGAGAAACUGCAAUCCCAAGACUUAACAGAAUCUAAAAAUGGUUAAUCAACCAAGGUUAACGAUUUGGGUAAGCCAGAAAAUCUUUCCAACCAGCCAAGGGGAUGGGGGAUUUCCAAAGGGAAGUCUCCCCAUCUCGAAGGAAGUAAACCGCAAGAAGAAAAGUGAGGUGGAAGGGGCAUGCCUCGUUCCAGUAAAUGGCUAUGGACACCAUUUCACCAAAAUCAAUUACCUCUACUGUUUUUAAUCAUAAUUUCUCCAUUUGUAUUACAUAUGGUGUAUGGGUUUGAUGAGGUCGUGGUGUCAUAUAUUGGGAAUUGUUUCUGUGUAAAUCAUCAAGUGUAAGAAGAAACUAUGGGACUCUGAGCCUUGCUUUAGAGAAUAACAGGGGACAAACGUGUACCAUAAAAAAUAGUUUUUAACAUUCUGACUCAAGCGAAAGCUCUCAGAAUUUCACACUGUGAAUCCAUGUUUACAAACAUUACAGGUGGGCCCUCAGGCCUGGUUCUACCACAGCAAUGUCUUCCACUACUCAAACUCCACUGCUCACACGCAACCGGUAAACUGCUCUCUCCAUUUCCACCAUCCCAAACUGCUUCUUGCAGAGGCUGAGAGUCCCCCUUUUUUUUCAUUUAGAUGUAACAAGACUAGUAGUUUAUUUUCAUCGAUUGUCUGUAUAUCUCUAUAUUUUAUCCAUGUACUCUUUUGAUGUAUAGAAGUAGUAUGAAACUCAUGGUUUCCUUGUGGUAAGUGAUCGUGAUGCUGCCACGGGAUUUGAGACACUGAUGAAUGGUGCUAUUUUGGACUUUAAAUAUGCUCCUUGGCAAGGUAGCUCUGAUGGA